AUGGAAACACCUAUCAAUCCCUUACUCCGGCAAAUUCACAUUGGACUCGGCCCUAAUGGGUACGAGCCGGUGGCAUCUUCUAUGACGGCAAACAGCACCACGUAUAUAAGAGAAUUUGAACAAUUAACCGCAAACCUUGUCCGCAUUUGUCCCGGGCAUAUCUGGCCAGGAGAAUCGUACAAAUCUAUCUGUCCGCGUCCAAUUCUUAUCAACCAGGGCCACCAAGCACAUCUUAAGCGUCUGCAUGAAGCCCUGACAAAGGCCAUCACCGACAUUGUGCAAAGGUGGUGGUCAGAUACGGAAGCGAACUUUCCCUCGCGCAUGCCACUUGCAAAAGAGGAGGAAGAUUUGUUGCUAUGGAUAGAAGACCAAGUCUCUCAAGGCAGAAUGCGGCCCUUCUCAGCCUGCCGGGGCUCUUGGAGGCCAGAUUUUCUCAUCAAAGACAAUUUGACCGCCACCCCGAAUGGUAUCAUCAACGACCAAGCGGGUGAAAGCGAACUCUUUUGCAUAACCGAGAUCAACGCCAGAUUUUCCUUCAAUGGCUGUCUGCACGAAGCUCUUGGUCAAGAAGCACUUAAUGACAUGGGUAUGGACAAGCUUGGUUUGGCUAGUGCAACGAAUUCAGCUCAGAUGUUGGACGGAUUGAUGUCAUUGUUCCGGCAAGGCCUUCCGUUGCAUCUGCUGAAGGAUGCAGAGCACGGCUUCGACAUCCAUAUGUUCAUGGAUAUAAUGCAACGGCGCUUUGGUGUGACAACACGACCAAUCACACCUGCAGAUCUUAGAUUGGUGCCCGAUCCCGAGAACGAGACUGGGUUUAAGCUCUGCUGUCUGGCCAGCCACAAGAAUGGAUCAAACCAAGAUACUGGCUCCCAUCCCGCCCAAGUUGGAUCAACAGUACACCAGGCUGGGAAGAAGACAGUCACAUGGAUUAAUGAUGCUGGUGAAUGGGUUGAAGAAAUUCACCAAGUUGGGCUCGAGCUGCAUCAACGGGAGAUUGUAGCAUUGGAUGCAGAGAUGCUGCGACAGGUGAGUCUCCGGUGUUUCAACGACAUGCGAACAGUGCUGUUAGUCCAUGACAAAAGGAUGCUGGGCAUGGUGAAGCAGGAACUCGAGAAUCUCGUAAACCGGGGAGUUCUAACUCUCGCCGAGGCUCAGGUUCUCGCCAAGGGUAUUGCAGACACCGCAAACCCCGGUUCGCCGGAGAUGGGUGAGGUGCUGAAAUUGACCAAGGCGAACCCGGAACUGAGGAAGCAAUAUCUUCUCAAACCUGUACGCAGUGGGAAGGGUGCUGGUAUCGUCUUUGGUGACGAGACCAGCCCAGAUGAGUGGGUUGCGGCACUCGAGAAUCUCCAGAGCCCCGUUCUGGUUCCAGGGGUAUCCUGCGUUGUGCAGCGCCGGAUCACACCCCGGCUAUAUGAUGUGAUAAUAAAGUCCUCUGGCGACAGGGUUCGAUAUCCUCUGGUUGGAACGUAUCAUGCUAUUCACGGAAACUUGCUCGGACUGGGUAUCUGGCGUACCAGCGCCGAUCGGAUUUGCGCCCUCAGCACAGGAGGAUCUUGGAUGUGCUCCGUUAUCAGCCGGGGGUAA